AUGGCAACACCUGGAGAAGCUGUUUAUUGCACCCUCCUCACAUCCGAUCAUUAUCUUCCCGGUGCCGUUGUGCUCGCUCAUUCAUUACGCGACAAUGGGACGCGGGCGAAGAUUGUCGCUCUUUUUACCCCGGAGACUUUGAAGGAAUCCACCAUUAGAGAACUCCAGUCCGUGUUCGAUGAGAUAGUUCCCGUACAGCGUCUAUCGAAUAGCACACCAGCAAAUCUCCUUCUGAUGGGCCGGCUUGAUCUCGUAUCCACCUUCACGAAAAUCGAGCUCUGGCGGCAGACGCAAUACUCCAAGAUCGUUUAUAUGGACGCCGACGUCGUCGCAUUGAGGGCCCCCGAUGAAUUAUUAUCUCUACAGGAAGAUUUUGCUGCUGCACCGGACAUCGGGUGGCCUGAUAUAUUUAACAGUGGAGUCAUGGUUUUACGUCCCAAUCUACAGGACUACUAUGCACUCCGCACGCUUGCAGAGCGAGGCACCAGUUUCGACGGAGGAGACCAAGGUCUACUCAAUACCUAUUUCAAGAAAUGGCACCGUCUGAGCUUCACUUACAACUGCACGCCUAGCGGAAACUAUCAGUAUAUGCCAGCUUACAGGCACUUUGAAAGUACCAUCACUCUCAUCCACUUUAUUGGGCAACAGAAACCUUGGACACAGUCGCGGCACGCUUUUGCUUCAGGUACUCCGUAUUAUCAGCUACUAGGGAGAUGGUGGGCUGAGUACGAUCGGCACUAUCGGUCCAUGCCCGCUUCAUUGCUGUCAGCACCAUCCCCUAUUUCCUCUCAGUUUCAACCGCCAUAUAAUGCCAGCACAACUCCACAAAAAAACAUACCAUUCUACACCACAACUUCAGCGCAAAGUUCAAUCCCAGUUCAAGACGUUCAUAAGGUAUAUCAGCAUCAAGUUCAUCAUCACGAGCCCUCUAGAUCCCGGGAAAAGACACCUACACAAAUUGCAGAAGACCUUCAUGUUUUGCGACGUUCGCCGGUGUCAGCAGGAUUUGACGAUGUCAGUACAGCGUUUGCUCCGGUUCUCGCUCAUCCCCAGCCCAUACAUCCCCCUUCGGCAACUCAAGAGAUUCGAGGGCAUGAUCAUCACCAUGCACCAAUGGAAGUACCAGCAGAAGUUAGGAGUGUAGUUCCACUCUAUGUCCACGGUGAAGAGCAGUCUGCGGUCUACGUGACGGUACCGAGUACGGGGACUCAGAACUUUACGGACCUCAGAGCUCAAUUCAUAACUGAAAAAGCAUUCGCACCGUAUCACCGACCAUUCAAUGACGUUCCUGCGACUACGCAGUUUCAAGCGCAAUCACAAAAGCCACCAACACCCCCUCCUCCACCGCCACAGCAACCAGAGGAACGGCCAUUCUCUCCGCCGAAAUCGGAAUGGGAUGCAUCUAGGGAACCGCCGCCACGUCAUUCGCGGCCUGAGGCAUUAAGCUUGGAGACGCAGACGUAUACGAUGUCUGAAGAUACACAUUUGUUUAGACCACCGCCAUCGUACCCAGAAGCUCCAAAAAAUAUGUAUUAUGAGGUGCCAUCCACGAAACCGGAGCCUCAAAAACUUGCUCCGAUCUUUCCCUGGGAAGCUCGUGCUUCCAAACCCACUCGAGUGUUUGCUGAAGAACCUCCAGAGACGAGCUUUGUGCCAUCAAUUAGUGAUGUUAUAGAGAAUGAACCUCGUUCUGAACAGCCUUUACAGACUGAACCCCGGCUACCCGAGCAACCCCAACAGCCCUUAUCGGGCAUUACAGCCAUUAGUGAAUACACCACCCCAGAUUUUGUACCAGCAAAAUCUUGGGAAACUUUUGCAAGAGGCAACGCAUGGGAUGAAGUUCCCGAGAUAAACAAGUAUAUUGACGCUAUACAGCAGCGGUCUAAAAAGACUACAAAUGGCCGUGGUGGCAAAGCAGGCAGCACUAAAAGACCUCAAAGCCUCAAGCUCACAGACUUCCCAACGGAAGUAGAUCGGCCCAGUCUUCCAGUGACGCCAGCACCAAUACGCCGCUCCUUUUGGGAUUGUCAAGAGGGGCAGCAGCAGGAGUCAAGUGAAUUUCCUAUUGCUGAGGGAGUUCCAAACCAAUGCGACUGGGUGGGUGUCACGACCGAUGCGUUUUUGCAACUCCUGAUCGCAAUCUACUCAUACUGGAAAAUUACAGAACCCGCUCGAUCGACUAGAGGAGUUACGGCAGCGCCAGUUAGAACUCUUCAAGACGACGACUACAAGUCUUCAGGGGCAAACAGAGUCGUCCGACGAGACUGA